AAAAAAAUCCCCCGGGGUGAUCUUACUGAGCCAGUUGAUGUACAUAUCUGCAAACUACUGUGGCUCCGCCCUCAGAAAUUCCUCACAGCCACUUCAAAUAUGAACUUUCCUACCGGCUCGCCACACUUGAGCCGCUCUUUUAGUUCGACACGUGUCGCAGGGGAGAGAGGGAGGAAAAAUCCGUUCCAAGAACAAUUCAACUUUCUUUUUUUCGCAUAAAGAAAGUACAUAAGUGACUUGAAAUCCUUUAAAAGGUUAAAUUUUUUUGAAAAAGAACCCAGUUGAAUUGUUAAUUUUUAUUCCUUACAAGUGUCGACUUUUGUUUGAUCAGAGUACGGGGUGAAUCUUUAAGAUUUGUUUAAAUUUGUACCUUUUUUGUAAACAAAAUAAACUUUUUGCCUUCUUUUAGAAAGUUUGGUGGUUAGGACGCAGGCGCAAGGCAGUAGCGCCCUAAAUUCGAGCACCAAUUUCGCAGAAAGUUUUUUUUCUUGUACGUGUGAGGUUUUUGUUUUGGUCGGGAUAAAGGUGUUUUUCUUUGGGUGUUAUUUUGCCCCCUUUCCCUCCCCGUUUGGCGGCGGUGUAUAUGUGUGUGAGCUCCAGCAAGAAGGAUGGUAGACAGGGGCCCUUUAUUGACCUCGGUUAUCAUCUUCUAUCUGUCAAUCGGCGCUGCUAUCUUCCAAGUGUUGGAAGAGCCGAAUUGGACCGCAGCCGUUGACCAGUACAAGAUGAAGAAGUCUCAGAUCCUUGAGGAACAUCCUUGUCUCACCCAGGCAGCUCUGGAGAAGAUCUUAGCGACUGUUGAAGAAGCGGCUGGUCAAGGGGUCACCAUCACUGGCAACAAGACCUUCAACAACUGGAAUUGGCCCAACGCGGUUAUUUUUGCUGCCACAGUCAUCACCACCAUCGGGUAUGGAAACAUUUCACCCAAGACUUCACCAGGCCGCCUCUUCUGCAUCUUCUAUGGGCUGUUUGGUGCACCGCUCUGCCUCUCCUGGAUCAGUGCCCUGGGCAAGUUCUUUGGGGGACGGGCGAAGAAGCUGGGUGAAGCCUUAACCAGGAGAGGUGUGAGUCCGCGGAAGGCCCAGAUAACCUGCACAGCCAUUUUCAUUGUGUGGGGUGUCCUGGUACAUCUGGUGAUGCCACCCUUCGUCUUCAAGGUGACUGAGGGCUGGUCGUACAUUGAAGGCUUGUACUAUUCCUUCAUCACGAUCUCCACCAUUGGAUUUGGAGACUUUGUGGCAGGUGUUGACCCAAAUGCAGACUAUCAUGUCCUCUACAGGUACUUUGUGGAGCUGUGGAUAUACCUGGGCCUGGCAUGGCUUUCCCUGUUCUUCAACUGGAAAGUGAGCAUGUUUGUCCAGGCACACAAAGCCAUCAAGAAGAGGCGGAAGCGAAUGAGAGGAUCCUCGGAAAAUAUGCGCCCUGGGCCUCUCAACUCAAAGCUCACAGACUCCAAGAUAACAGACUCGACGGAGGUGAAUAUCUUUCGCUUCCUUUCCAAGAAGCAAGAAAGCUACAACGAUCUCAUCAAGCAGAUUGGCUCAAAGACUUUGAAGAAUAACAACAAUAAACUACUGAGAGUUGAGGUUCCAGUGAAAACGGUGACCAAGGAUGAAGGUAACAGUAAACUGAGUGCAACUGAGUUCAGAAAAAUAGGCCUGAAGAGGUUUCGGUACGAGCCAUCUAACCUGCCUGUCAUCGAAGACACUGAGAUCACAGUUCCCCUAAAUGAAGAGAAAGAUCUCAACACUCAGCCGGAUCGUAUGCCACAAGAGAAUCAGCUGGAUAAAACUGUCCGAGAAGAUUGCUCAGCAUGGGACACACGCACCCAUCCGCCAUUAUUCUUUGAGAAUGCCAAUAUCCGAUUCAUAGACGAACAAAACCUUCUCAGCAACGACGAGAAGGUGGACCUGUCGGUGGACGAGAACCUGAUGGAGGAGGGGGAGUCAGACAUACUUGUGGAAUCGCCAGAUUCUAACCACUUAGACUUCCAUAUCUACAAGCUGGGGGGUCCACUUGACUAUGAGCUGCUGAUGAAUGGUUACAACAAGGUGCACAAUAUUGAAGUGGUGAUAUAACCAAACGCAUCUGGGCUUUGUUCUCCAAACCCCCUCCUCUGUGAUCCUCUUGUCUAUUCAACAAGAUGACCUGGGCAAAAGAGGGUAGAUAACACCACAUUGGUUUAGAAGAGCUGUUAAUGACAUUUGGCUGUACACCAAGAAUACCUCCUGAGGUAGAAGCACAAUCUUUUUAUCAGCCUAAGGGGAGGGGAAUUUAAAAACCCUCUUCCAGUUGGGAGGAUUGGAGAGCAGAAUUUCCAGAACAAACAUAGACUGAGGUAGAAAAUGUUUCCAAGUGUAAAGAUACUCAAAGAACUUUUCUUGAAAAAUACUGUGAGUUUUUUUUCUUCCAAAUGACCAGUUUUGUCUUAAAGUAAAUAUUUGAAGUUUUUUUUGAGCCAGGAACUGUAGAUCCUAACCAAGGCCGUUGCUUUUAGUUCGAAGUGUUUUUGAGGCUUUAUUGAAAUAGAGGCUUUUCUGUGACUUAGAUUUGACAACAACCAAAAAUUAAUGCAGAAGUCCCACACGCAUGUUUUCGACAUGAGAAAUUUGGGGUGGGGGCAGAUAUUGGGUGGGUCUCAACAACUGGAUUUAUUUUGCUAACAAAUUGCUAUUUUCACUGCCUGCAGAACUACUCCAAUGCAAAAUCUGUGUAGUGCAGUUAACACAGAACCUCCUGACCUAAGACAUUGCCUGGGUCACUGGCACACCCCACACCAUGACCCCCAUAUGUUUAAACGUUUGGAUCUCCUACUCGGUGAAUCUUGCAUAGAUUCUGUGUUUUUUUUUGCCUCUAUUUCUGACUUUUCAGCAAUAAUUUGGAGGUAGUUUUUUUUCUCUCAUCUGGCCCCAGGCUAUUUGUAAAGAGUGGAAAAAGCAACCUGAAAAAUUGAAGGGCUCCAAAACAAGCCAAGUGGCUUCCUCCUUGCACAUGUCGAUUGAUGUGAAGAAGCUCUGACCCAAACCUGGUUAUAAGCAGGGCAAAUAUCUGGUGAUGGAGGCUGAAGGAUAGGUCUCCUUCCAUUGCUUAUCCUUCCCACCCCCAAUUCCCCACCCAC